AUGACAAGGGCUAAGAGACCAAGAGUUAAUGUUGAAGUGGAAUUAGAAACUGUGUCGAAAUAUUUCAAGAAGGAACCUGAAGACCAAGUGGUAGUUAAGGUGGAAGGUAACCAUGACAUUAAAACGGAUCCCGAAAUCGAGGCAAUAAAAACUAUGGGUACAGAUGAGUACUUUAAAUAUGUGCAAAAAUUCACUAAUGAUGACAUCUCCCUUAAUAGAAAGCUUCAGAUCGAGGACAACCCUAAUAUGCCUUCGAAUUUUGUGUCGAUAUACUCGAAAGUAAGGUUUAUGAGAUCGAUGAUAAAGACUCCAGUAGACAAUGUUGGAUGUGCAAUGCUGCCAAUUACCAUAAACGGUGUAUUUGGAAUAUCAAAGUCAAAUAUGCAACCUAAGAACUACAGAUUACAACUUUUAGUUUCUUUGAUGUUAUCUUCACAGACCAAAGAUGAGGUAAAUGCCAAGGCUAUGCAUAAUAUAAUGGAAUAUUGUAUGGAGGAGUUAGGUGAUCCGGAAGGUAUCACCUUGGGCUCGUUACUCAAGAUUGAGGAGAAAAUUCUAGACAAAGAAAUUUACAGCGUUGGGUUCCACACAAGGAAAGCUUCCUACAUUAAAAAGGCUGCUGUCAUGCUCCGAGAUCAAUUUGACGGUGAUGUACCCACCACAAUAGAAGGCUUCAUGUCAUUACCGGGAGUAGGACCGAAAAUGGGAUAUUUAGCUUUACAAAAAUCGUGGGCCAAGAUCGAUGGUAUUGGGGUUGAUGUUCAUGUUGAUAGGCUUGCAAAGAUGUGGAAGUGGGUUGAUCCUAAAGUCUGUAAGACACCUGAACAUACUAGAAAACAGUUAGAGUCAUGGCUACCGAGAUCUUUGUGGUAUGAAAUAAAUCCAGUAUUGGUGGGCUUUGGACAGGUACUCUGCAUGCCAAGGAGCAAAAGGUGUGAAUUAUGUCUUGUGAACGAUAUUUGCCCAGGGGUUGACAAAAAAUUACUGAAACUAGUCGGUUUGGAGCUUGAAGAUACGGUGAAGAACAGCAACAGGGGUGAUUACACGGAAUGGAUAAAUUACCUUAGAAAAGAGAGAGCAGCUGAACUCUCGCAGAAUGAGAUUGAUGAUGUGGAUAGAAGUGCGGAAACUACCUCUACGGAAUCGAAUACUGAAGUGAAAACCGAGGAUAACUGA